AUGUAUCUUCUUCGACUUUUUGUCCUUAUGGGUUUCAUUGCUUUGAAUUCAUCAGAAAACCAAAGUUCACACAAAGAUCAAAGUUCCCCUAUGAACAUAACAUUAAAGAGAUGUGAACUUCCAAACACUGUUGAACUGCAACAGUAUUUUGGCGUAACUUUAGAAUUUAUUGGAAUUGCUGGGAAUGCCUUGGUUGUUAUAGUGACUCUAAGAUACAUUAAAAAAUCAACAUACUGUCAACGUUUGAUAGGGUGUCUUGCAUUUGCUGAUUUCUGGUACUGCUUAUUGAGCGCUAAAAUACGUAUCUUUCGUUUGCUUUCAUGUAUAAACAUCUUAAAUACCAUAUCCUGCAAAAUAAUUUACUUCGGUAUAUCUGCCAGUGAAGUAUCAGCUCUUGGAUUUAUAUUGUUGAUUUUCCUGGAAAGGUACAUUGGUAUUGUGUACCCAUUCAGGAAAGGUUUAAGUGGGAAAAGCAUUGUACUUUUGACAUUGUUAAAUUUUACAUUCUCGUUGAUAUUUUGGAUACCAAUUUUGAUCUACACUUGGGAGAAAAAUGGCCAAUGCAAAACACGACCGUCAGCGCGGAAUACGUUCAAAAUAUAUGUCUGGUUGUGGAUGAUUUUCCACUUUUUAUUGCCUGUUUCAGCAAUGUGUUUCUUUUACUAUCGAAUAAGAAAAGUUCUAAAAGAAACAUCAUCUCUUGUUUCUGAUGAAUCAUUUUCACUUCUUCAACGAAAACGACUCACCGACAACAAGAGGAUUAUGACUAUUCUUUUCGGUAUACUUUUGGCUUUCGUGGUGUUCGUAUUUUCUCAGCGUUUAAUAUGGAUUAUAUACAUCAAUCAUGGGAUAUCAAAUUUUAAAGGCAUUCAGUGGUUGUUUUUCUUCGCAGAAAUUUGUUAUGAAUUUCAUGCGAUUGUCAACCCAAUAAUAUACUCAGUCAUAGACAGUAAAUUUCGCGCUCGAGUGAAACAGAUUUGUCGGAAGAAACCGUCCAAAAACGAGAGCAGUUUGACGUAG